AUGGGUUAAAGUCAUCCAAAUGAUAACAGAAGAUAAGUGAAAGGAGGAAUCUAUAUUUAACUUUAAAAGACAGCUUUUGUAAGUAAUUAAGUAAUAUAAGGCUUGCUUAAUAUCAAUUUGGAAGAGCCAUAUUAAGGUAAUAUUUUGUAAGUUACUCUUUAAGGUGUAGAAGAAACUCGCUAUACUUAUUCCGUAAGGGCAGGUAAACAUUCUAAGACUGUUUAUGCCAAAGGUAGAAAUGAAUUUCUUAACUUUAGUAUUCCUGUUUAUGAUUUUGCGUAAGGCUCUAAUGAAUCCACUUUUGUAAUUUAACCUUGCUAGGUUGUAAUUCCCUUUUAAAUAACAGUUUCUGAUAAGCUCCCUUCUUCUGUAAAGUAUUUUAUAGAUCAAAAUAAUUAAUGCAAUUUAAAAUACUAACUAAUCGCGCAAAUUAUUCCUAAGGAACCUAAUGUCAAACCUGUUAGUGGUAAUUAGGAGAUAUAUAUUGGUUAGCAAUUACCAGUUAUUGAGUAGCCUAACACAACUAGCUCUUCUUUAUCUCCUUUGGUGUGUUGUUGUUGUAAUCCUGGAUAAAUUAGUUAUAAAGUAACUACAAACGGAAGAUACUUUUCUCCAAACGAAAUAAUUAAUAUAUAAUUGGAAGUAGAUUUCAGCAAACAUAAAUACAAAAUACAAAAUUUAAAUGUCAAAUUAAUUGGAUAAGUAGACAUGAAAUCUUUUGAGUUUCAAAGAAAUAAAAUUAUUAAUGUUUUUGAAAAAUGUAUAAGUCUUAAAGUAGAUAAACUUUAAAUAAAGCAAGAAGUACAAUUAUAAGUACCAGCUAAUAUCAGCAUGACAUCGUAAGGAUAGCUAAUCUAAGUAAAUUAUUACCUAUAGAUAUAGCCUGAAGUAAAAACAAUAUUUCAUUUAAUUGAUAUUCCCCAUACUAUUUAGAUGUUCAUAAAUCCUAACCCAAGUUAAAACUUAAACUGCUAAGAAAUACCUUAAUUACUAAAGAUAUAAGCCCCUCCUAAUUGGAAUCCCAUUCAAAUUUAGUAAUAUUAAUUUAGCUAGUAAUAAUUAAACGAAAUAAAGCUAAAAUAAUAAUAGUUUUUAAAUUAAGAGUAAUAAUAUUUAAAUUAACAGUAACAACAACAUUCUUAAUAAUAAAUCUAAAUGGGUAUUAUACCUAAUCCAUUAAAUUCUGAUGCUAGAACAUAUCCUUAUGGACAACCAUAAAUGAUUAAUUAGAAUUAAAAUUAUAUUUGA